GGAAAAUUAAUAUUUUUUCCUGGCUCAAAGAGUUCCUUCUUCAUGGCCACCCUACCGUGCAGAUUGUAUGAUGCAGGUUCACAUGUAUUUCAUUAAGUCAACUUUAUGGCCGGCUUUGUCUCGUCACAUUCAAACGGGGAGCUCUGAAGCCCGCCACGCCUGCGUCCUACGCUGAAGCGUGACGUCACUACGCUUCGAUUCGACGCUUUGCCGUGGCUUUCAACUCCAAGGCUUCUCUUCAGUAAGGCGUGGCCACGCGGGUCGCUCGCACGCUUCCCCCACGCUGGAGCCUUCACGUCACGCGACUGACACGCUAUUGAUUAUGUGACCAGCCUUUACACGCGUGUUACGUACUGUCAAUUCGUUUAGAGUACUAUGUGACAUUUAAUGAUGGAAAACACCAGUUUUUAAAACCGACCUUUGUUAAAAAAAAAUCAAUCACAAUUCUAGUAUUCAAAGAGUAAGAGGAGCGUACAUCAACAAUGUCGGAAGCGAAGCCUAUUUGUGUUCUCAAAAUGAAUGAGGACAAAACCAUGGAGUUCAUAUCUUUAUACGAAAAAGAGCCGUGUCUAUGGAACACCAAUUCGUAUAGUUUCAGAAAUAAAAUCGCGCGCGCCAAUGCGGCUAGUCGGAUAGCUCGCACACUAAAAGUGCCACAAUUCGAAGCAAAACACGUUAUGAUAAAAUUUAAAAAUCUCCGAAACGCGUACUGUCAGGAGUUGAGGAAGUUGGCGGCGAGCAUUGACAUGGGUGUGGAUUACAGGCCGAAGGUCAUUUGGUUUUCGAAAAUGGACUCUUUUCUGAGACCUCACUUGAGCAAAACUAAUGUUGGACAGAUAUUGGAUAGUAACAAUAUUGUGAUAGAAGAGCCUGAAUCAUGGCGUCGGUCGAUCAAACGCGUGACAGUGGAAGCCGAGACCCAGGUGGAGCUGGACUACUGCAGCGAAGACAGCUCCACAGUCUCUGACCUCCUGGAGCCUUCUAUCAAGCAGCCACAGCUGGAGACUGAAGAUCCCCUGGUGUCAAGUGACUGGCCCAAAGAUUACUAUGACGAUUUUGGGAGAUAUAUAGCCUCUCUGCUCAGGACCUUGCCAAUAAAUAAGGCAUUGGCGUUGCAACCGCAGAUUGUCAACUUGAUCACAAAUGCGGCAAUAGAUAUUGAUAUAGACGAGUCAUAGUAUAUAAAUAUUUUGGGCGAGUAAUGUGUCUCGCCCGUACUGCCCAUUCGUCUCUGCUAGAAGUGAUUUCGUUUAAAAAGGGCAGAACAUUUGUAAAAAGGGUUCCAAUAUAUAUAUACAUACAUAAAAUCACGCCUCUUUCUGGAGGGGUAGGCAGAGAAUACCUCUUUCCACUUGCCACAAUCUCUGCAUACUUCCUCGGCGGUUUCGGGUACUUUUGACCUGACCCUUUAUCAGGACGUCAUGAUCUUGUAUAUAUUAUAUUCCUAUAUGUUUUUUGUGUACAGUAAAUUAAUUGGUUUCUAAAUUAGUUUUGGUUCUAUUGAACCACUCAUAUGUUGUAAAAGGCGACUGAGGGAAAGCUUAAUAAACUUGGGAUUCCACUAGUAAGCGAUGGGCUAGAAACCUGUCAAUACUGUCACAUAGAUAUUUAAACUUAUACAGAUAUUUAAAGUUAUAUAAUAUUAAUAUAAAUAUAUACUUAUACAGAACCAAUAGCACAAGACUUAAAAGACAUUAAAUUGUUGUUAAUUUUUAAAUGCAAUAAAGUAAAAAUAAAUAAAACUCAGUCACGUUUACUUAGAUAGCUCACUGAUGGAUAUGUACAUACAUACAUACAUUAUACUUUUUUAUUAUUAUAAGGACGUGAUAAGGAU